AUGUGCUUUAUUAUUUACAAUGAAAACUUAGCAGUUGGUUUCAAUUUAUUGCCGACGAUAAUUAUUCGUGAUAAGAUUAAAAGCUUUCUACACACAAUAGCUAUAUUUUGUUCGAAAGACGACGGCAAAUUGAAGUUCGUGUUACCAGCACUACGACAUUUAUUAAACAGUGAAACUAUUUUACAAUUAAAACAAGACGUUAUUUACUUAGAUGAAGUUACAACGCUUUUAUUACAGAAAUGUCAAGAAUUUCAAGAAAAAAGAGAGAAUCAUCCAUUUGAUGAUGAUGAUAAUCUAUUGACUUGCAAAUCUAUUACUAUGCUGAACGACUUGCCAACUCAUUUACGUGAUAUGCAUGCAACAAACAUAGAUAGUGAAAGUGCUCUUGUGAAGAAGAUUGUACAAGUGUUAAAAAUAAGUUUGAUUAAAGGCGAAUCUGCUGAACAAGAAAAGCUUGGCCUAGCCAAAAAAUUAGAGAAUAUGUUAACCGACCAGCAUGGUUGGACGAGUGAUGGAUUCAUUACUGAAUCAUUGACUCAUGAUGGAAUAGAAGCUGUAAUUAAAGAUAUUGAAGAUACACUAAAUGAAAUACAAAACAAAAAUGUUAACGCCAUAGAAGAAAACACACAAUUAAGAGAAACUAAUCUGAUACAUGGUAAUCCUAAUGGGUCUAUGAAUGUUAUGAUCACAAAUAUAAGUUCUGCAGACGAAAAAUAUUCUCAUAUUGACUGGAUGAUUGAUCGGCCAGUAGCUGAUAUGAAAAGUGCUCCAAUUGCCGGAUUCAUUGACAGACUUCGUCAUAGAAUGAAACUGGAUGCAAUUAGUCCUACAUUACAUGCAGCUAUGUCAGUUGACAAUGAGAAUCAACGAUUAUUGGAUGAAUGGAUUGGUACUAUUCAUCAGCAUGAAGCAGACAAAGAGCAACCGUCUAGCAGUGAUGGUCAAAAUGAAGCAUUUUAUGAUAUUGAAGAUGAUUCUGAAGAUUUAAAGAGUUUAACAGAUGUAUUAGUUUAUUUAACCAACAAGUCGAAACUUACUUCCAAAAUAGAACUUUUUCGCUUACUGCUUGAUCGUCGAUAUGCAGUACCAAUAAUCACAAAGAAUGUUGAUCAAAAGUAUAAACAGCCAUUUCAGUAUCAUGUUGAUGCCUUAAAAUUCAUUCCAUUACCUUCUAUUGAUAAUAAAUUAUCGUAUUUAGACGACAAUAAAAAACUAUUUCGUAUUGGUAUUGUUUCAGAACAAUCAAUCGAAGAAAGUGAAACAUCUCAUUUAAUAUCAGCAACAUUUGGUAGUCAUUCGACGCACGAAUUGCAACGAUCACAAAAUCCCCAAUUAACAAUGGCUGAAAUCGCUGAAGGAUACAUUGAUGAUGAAAAUGAUAGAAAAUGGUCAUUUCUUGUUUUACAUGUGAUAGGAGAUUAUGAAAAGCUAAGCUCAUUUAUAUCUAAAUUUGUAAAUCUAUUAAUUAUUGAACAAGAUCCACCGAUAAAACAAGCAUCGGAGACCAUCGCAAGAACUUUUUCACACAUACCUACCAUCAUCUGGAAUGUUUCGAAGGUAAAUGUAAAACCAACACGCGAUGAACAUAAUCGUUAUAUAUUAACUGGUACAAUCUAUGGUAUAGUUAAGCAAUUAAGAGCAGCGUGUAUUGCAAAGAUGAGCAAGUUUGACAGUAAUCAUAAUACUUUAGGCUUAAUCAGUGAUGAAAGACUACUUUAUCGUCCAAUACUAACUGAGAACAAUGUGCUUGCUGCAAUUCAACGACAAGAUUACUCAAAGCUAAGACGGGAGAAAUUUUUAUUACAACAGAGCUUUCAUAUUGAAUCCAAAAGUCGAAUACAAUUAAAUCGCUUAAAAAAUGAUCAUUCAGAACAACGUGCAUUAGAGCAUAAAAUAGAAGUACAAGAAAAAUAUCGUAGAGAUAAAAUGUCUAAUAUAGAAAAACUAGAUAUCAUUAAGACAUUUACGAGCAUUCUACAACAUCCGAAUUUCGAUCAGAGAAUGGUAGCUAUCAAUGAACUAAUUAAUGGUAUUGAUAAUUGUUCACUACCGGCCAUAGAAAACGUACGAAGAAAGCGUGAUGAAGCUUUUCAUGAAUAUCAACAGGCAGUCAAAGAAAAGCCCGAUAGUGAUCUUUAUAAGGAGAAGUUCAUUGAAGCUAAAGCCAUUUAUGCUGCUACUGCUGUUUCCAUCGAACAAUUAUGGAGAGAAUGUAGCCAGUUAUAUGCGUGUGAUCCAGAACGUUACUAUCGUUAUCCAGAAAUGGCUGCCCAAUAUUUAAUAGAUGGUUUUCCCUUAGAAUUAUUAGAUGGGGAUGCUGGUAUGAUCUGUGAAAAAUGGAUUAGUGUACUAUUAAAGACUCUAAAUGAUAAACUGAAAGAAAAAACAUCUAAAAAAGAUGUAAGAAUUUUCGUUCUAAGCAUUAUAGGUGUACAAAGUUCUGGUAAAUCGACCCUGUUGAAUAUAAUGUUUGGUGUACGCUUCCGCUCAAGUGCUGGUCAAUGUACUCGUGGUGUUAAUAUCCAAUUAAUUAAAGUAGAAGGUCGCGAAGAGUAUGAUUAUAUACUAUUAAUGGAUACUGAAGGCCUUCGUGCACCUGAACUAAAAGACUUAGAACAAGCAGCGUGGAAAGAUAACCGACUAGCAACAUUUGCAGUGCUACCAGCGGACGCAACAGUAAUUCUCGUCAAUGGAGAACAAGAUGAAACUUUAAAAGAUGUUCUUCCAAUUGUAAUGCUAGCUUAUCAACAAUCGCAACUUGCUGAAAAUUAUGGUACUCAACUAGCUUCAAUGAUGUUCUUUGUAUAUUGUCGUGUGGAUGUAAAACAAAUUGAUUAUCUUAUACCUAAUGUUGAAGAAUUAUUUCGUAGUUUAACAACGUCAUUUCAAUCAUUACAAUGUUCUGCCAAAAUCAAUGAAAAUAUUCCAACAGAAUGCACGUUAUUUCGGGAUUUUCGACUAGAUGUAAAUAAUCAUAAUGAUGGUGAUAUUCGAUUUUUCGGCAAUAUCAAAAAUAAAGAUGGCACUGUAGAUACAGAUUAUGGCGUAGCCGUAACAAAACUACGCGAAUACAUUCAUACACGUGUUGUUUCAUCGCAAACAGCAUCAGGAUGGAAAUGGAAAGCUCGAACAUUACAUGAUUUUACUGAAUUUAUAAGUACAGUUUGGCGUUGUAUAAUAUCGUCCGAUUUUAAUCUAACAUUUUCAUCAGCAAUUGAAAGAAAAGCUUAUGAUCAGUUGGAUACAAUUUUGGCAGACGCAACACAAAAUUAUGCUUCGACUUGUAAUUUAGAAUAUAAUUUAAUCGAAAGAGAAAUAAUUAGAGCUACAGAAAGUGAUAUAUGCACAGCGAAAGACUAUGCAGAUCAUGAAAAAGAAUCGAUUGUUAAACAAAAAAUCGAUGUUUAUGCAAAUAAAUUAAACGCUGUAGCUAGUGAAAAAUUAAAAGUAAUUGAUGAUAAGUUUAUUGCAUCAUUAGAUGAUCCACAAUGGCAACAAUGGAAGACAUCAAGACUGGACCUUUGGCAACAAUUCAAGCACAAAGAAGCAGAUCAUUGGAAAGAAGUAAUUAGUGAAAAAUUAUAUUCAAUAUAUCUAUUUGAUAUGAUUGUUGGUCAAUAUCAACGACGUCUUCGUUUUAACAUCAAAAAUAUAUUUCAAGGUGCUGAUAGCGUUAGAAUGAAGUCAUUGAAUGAAGUAGAGCUUAAGAAUCUAUUUGACGACUUGUUUCGCAAUAUUAUAAUAGAAGCGAGCGGAAAACAUCAGCCUAUUCGAAUUGAACAAGUAAUCAACAAAGUUUAUACAAAUAACACAGCUGGAAAGCGAUGGGACUUAAGAAUAAAUUAUUCUUCAUUGCAGUGUUAUAUGAGAUUACUUUCAGUAGUCGGUAGGGGUGAACUUAUGAAACGUAAAGUAUUGCAUGUAGUGGGUAAAUCGACCGAACAAGAAAAAGAAUCAGAAUUAUUAAUCGAAUUAUUAACUGACAUUAAUGAACAACUAAAAACAGUGAAGUGUUAUUCUUACCAUAUUGUACAAGAUGCAAUAACAAGAACAACUAGAAAAUUAUAUGAGUCAAGACUUCGUUCUGAUAAACUUGAAGAAAAAGUACAUAAUCUUAUAUAUAAUUUUUUAAUUAAAAGGCUAACUGAAAUACAAAAUAAAUGGAAUCAAUCGAACAAUAUUGUUGUUCGUUUAGACUCAGAAAAAAAUCGUUUAUAUGAGUUCUUUUUAAAUGCAUCAAAGGGUAUAUUUGGUGCCAAAUUAUUAACAAGUGAAAUCAUAAACAUAUUAAAGGAACAUUUAAUAGGUGCCUAUACAAAUGCAGUCGUAAAACAUGUUGCAUUAAUAUUACAAAACGAACGAUUCAUUAAAUGCGGAAAAGUUAUUCAAGCUUACGCUGAUUUAGAUUUAAUUGAAUUGAUUAACAAUAGAAAAAUUGAUGAUCUCAUUAAAAAUUUAGAAUCACCAGCUAAACAUUACAUGUUUGUUUUGGACCAACUUAUUCGUGAAAAGCUGAGUAGCUCACUCAAAACACAAUGGAGCUUGCUUAUACAACUUUUAAAGACGCAUAUUUCAUCAGCAGCUCAGGAAGCACAAAUGAUUACAACUGGUCGAACACAACUAUUCAUUAAUCUAUUGCGCAAAUCACUACCAGUGUAUUUAGUUGAACAAAUGAUUUCAUUAGAUGCAAGUGUUUAUAAUGCUUGUGAUGAUGAAAAUGAAAACGUUUUUCAUGAUAUUGAAUGUAAUAUCAUGCAAUAUAUUGCUGGAUUGAAGUAUCCAGAUUUUGAUGAUCAACAAAUUGAAGAUACAAUUAUAUCUAUUCGUUCAGUCAUGGUCAAUCGACAACAUAAUGAUACUGCUAGGAUGCGGUGUGGUGUAUUAUGUCCGACGUGUAAAGUACCUUGUCACUUGGACGCCGGACAUAUUAUUUCAACUGAUAUACCAGAGGUUGAAGUAAUACACAACGAGUUAUUAAGAAAAGUUAGAUUGACCUCAAGAAUAUUACAAAAAUGUAAGAGAGAUCGCCAUGAUGCAUACCAUCAGCCAGGAGGUUUGGCCGGGAGAUAUUGGAAAGAACACCAAACCCAGGUAAAUGAGAUAGUUGCACCAUCAUGCGGGAUAUCAGUACGUGAUGGACAUCGUUUCUGGUAUGACAAUGAAUGGAAAGAAUACAAGAAAUUUAGCAAGGUGUUUCCUGAAUGGUCUUUACCAUCAUGCGAAGAUAGUCAUCGUUUAAAAUUACGUGAAUAUAUUUUCUAUCAAUUUCAUGAAGAUUUAGCACGCCAUUAUGGUCGAUUGUCCUGUAGUGCAGUUCCUCUUCAAUACAAUCAUAAUUUACAACAAAUAAAAGAAGAAUUAUUAUUUAUUGUUAAUGACAACUGA